GCUAGUUAACGGUGAUGUGAAGAUGGCGACGCACGGUCGCUCUCCGCUGCUGCUACUGCUGUUAUCAUACGUGUGUCUUUGUGGCUUCGGCUCCGUCUUCGGCCUCAAAGCCGCCAGCGGCCCCGCCGAGCCUCCGAAUAAUCCGGUUGUCCUCAGAGCCGCUGAGCCACAAGCCAAGGAUGCACCUGCCGCCGCUGCCGGGGCCUCACAGCCUCGAAGGGCGACCGGUUGGAAGCUGUCCGAAGAGGAGGCCUGCAGAGAGGACCUGACCCGACUCUGCCCCAAACACACAUGGGCCAAUAACCUGUCAGUGCUGGAGUGUCUACAGGACCGCAGAGAGGAAACUGAGAUGGCUCCUGCUUGCAACCAUCUCCUGUGGAACUACAAACUCAAUCUGACCACUGAUCCAAAGUUUGAGUCGGUGGCGAUGGAGGUUUGCAAGAGCACCAUCACUGAGCUUAAAGAAUGUAAUGAGGAGGAGCGUGGGAGAGGCUACCUGGUAUCUUGUCUGGUCGAUCACCGUGGAAACAUCAGCGAGUAUCAGUGUAACCAGUACAUUACCAAGAUGACCAGUAUUAUCUUCAGUGACUACCGACUAAUUUGUGGCUUCAUGGACAAAUGUAAAGAAGACAUCAACAAUCUACGCUGCGGGAGCAUCAAUAUUGGACACAAGGACAUCCAUAGCCAAGGAGAAGUCAUCGCUUGUCUGGAAAAGGCUCUCGUGAGGGAGGCAGAGCAACAAGAACAAGUUCGUCCAAUCAAAGAGGAAUGUCAGAGGGCUAUCCUGCGGGUUGCGGAACUGUCAUCGGAUGACUUCCACCUUGAUCGACAUCUUUACUUUUCCUGUCGAGACGACCGUGAGAGAUUCUGCCAAAAUACUCAGGCAGGAGAGGGAAAAGUCUACAAGUGCCUGUUCAACCACAAGUUCGAAGAGGCCAUGUCAGAAAAGUGCAGAGACGCUCUGACAACACGGCAGAAGCUGAUCUCUCAGGACUACAGGGUCAGUUACUCUCUGGCUAAAGCCUGCAAGCUCGACUUGAGGAAGCACCGCUGCAGCCUGGACACCAACCUGCCGCGUGCCCGCGAGGCCCGUCUCUCGUACCUGCUCCUGUGUCUGGAGGCCGCUGUGCACCGAGGUCGCCCGGUCACCGGCGAGUGUCAAGGUGAAAUGCUGGACUAUCGGCGGAUGCUGAUGGAGGACUUCUCCCUCAGUCCGGAGAUCGUGCUGCACUGCCGAGCAGAGAUCGAGACUCACUGCUCGGGCCUUCACCGCAAAGGCCGCACUCUGCAUUGCCUGAUGAGGAUCGGCCGCGGUGACCGCAGCGCCUCAGUCGACGGUGUUUGCCAGAGUGCUCUUCAGACACUGAUUCAGUCAGCCGACCCCGGCGCCGACUACAGGAUCGACCGAGCGCUCAAUGAGGCCUGUGAGUCUGUCAUCCAGACAGCCUGCAAACAUAUCCGCAACGGAGACCCAAUGAUUUUGUCUUGUCUGAUGGAGCAUCUGUAUACAGAAAAAAUGGUGGAGGAUUGUGAGCAUCGACUGUUGGAGCUCCAGUAUUUUAUAUCAAGGGACUGGAAAUUGGACCCUAUAUUGUACAAGAAAUGCCAAGGCGACGCUGCCCGACUAUGUCACACGCAUGGCUGGAAUGAGACCAGCGAGUUGAUGCCGCCAGGCGCUGUCUUCUCCUGCCUGUACCGCCAUGCCUACCGCACUGAGGAGCAGGGCCGUCGGGUCGACACUGACAUUCUGUUGUCUCGAGACUGUAAAGUGGAGGUUCAGCGAAUUCUCCACCAGAGGGCGCUGGAUGUGAAACUGGACCCUGAGCUGCAGAAGCGCUGCAUGACGGACCUUGGCAAGUGGUGCAGCGAGAAGACCGAUACUGGACAGGAGCUUGAGUGUCUGCAGGAACAUUUGGAAGACCUGGUGUCUGCCUGCAAGGAUGUUAUAGGCAACCUGACAGAAUUAGAGUCAGAGGAUAUCCAAAUAGAUGCACUGCUUAUCAGAGCUUGCGAACCCAUGAUCCAGGCCCAUUGCCACGACUUGGCUGACAACCAAAUAGACACUGGUGACCUUAUGGAAUGUUUGGUUCAGAACAAGCACCAAAAGGAGAUGAACGAAAAGUGUGCAGUUGGCGUCACACACUUCCAGCUGAUUCAGAUGAAGGAUUUCCGCUUCUCUUAUAAGUUCAAGAUGGCUUGUAAGGAAGAUGUGCUUCGCUUGUGUCCAAACAUCAAAAAGAAAGUGGAUGUGGUCAUCUGCCUCAGCACCACAGUGAGGAACGACACAUUGCAGGAGGCCAGAGAGCAGCGGGUCUCCCUGAAAUGUCGUAAACAGCUGCGUGUGGAGGAGCUAGAAAUGUCGGAAGAUAUAAGGUUGGAACCGGAGCUGUACGAGCCUUGUAAGUCCGACAUCAGUCGUCUGUGUCCUAACGUGGCUUUUGGCAAUGCUCAGAUGAUUGAGUGUCUAAAGGAGCAGAAGAAGCAGCUCAGUCAGCGCUGCCACCAGCGGAUCUUCAAGCUGCAGGAGGCCGAGAUGACUGACCCAGAGCUCGACUACCAGCUCAUGAGAGUCUGCAAGCAGAUGAUCAAGAGAUUCUGCACUGAAGCCGAUGCCAGGAAUGUUCUCCAGUGUCUAAAACAGAACAAGAACAGUGAGUUGAUGGAUCCAAAGUGCAAACAAAUGAUCACCAAAAGGCAGAUCACCCAGAACACAGACUACAGAUUGAACCCGGUGUUAAGGAAAGCUUGCCGAGCUGACAUCCCCAAAUUUUGCCAAUCCAUCCUGAACAAGGCGAGCGAGGACAACGAGCUGGAGGGUCAGGUGAUCGCCUGCCUCAAGCUCAAAUAUGCUGAUCAGAGAUUGUCCGCAGACUGUGAAGACCAGAUUCGAGUUAUUCUCCAGGAAUCGGCGCUGGACUAUAGACUGGACCCCCAGUUGCAGAUGCACUGCUCGGAUGAGAUCUCUCGGCUGUGUGCCGAAGAGGCAGCUGCUCAGGAGCAGACUGGUCAGGUAGAAGAAUGUCUGAAAGUCAACCUGCUCAAGAUCAAACAGGAGGCCUGUAAAAAGGAGGUUUUGAACAUGCUCAAAGAGAGUAAAGCAGACAUUUUUGUGGACCCAGUUCUCCACACAGCCUGUGCCUUGGACCUCAAACAUCAUUGUGCUGCCAUCACGCCGGGAAGGGGAAGACAGAUGUCAUGUCUGAUGGAGGCUUUGCAGGACAAGCGAGUUCGCCUGCAGCCCGAGUGUAAGAAAAGACUUCAGGACCGCAUUGACAUGUGGAGCUACGCGGCUAAGGUGGCACCGGCAGAGGGCUUAUCAGAUCUGGCCGUGCAGGUGAUGACCUCACCCUCCAAGAACUACAUCCUGCUCAUGAUCGCCCUGAGCUUGUGCGUCCUCUUCCUGUUGGGGCUGCUGUGCGGUCGGAUCACCAAGCGCGUGACGCGGGAACUGAAGGACCGAUAGAAGCCCGAGAGCUAUCGUCACCUGCUUCGCCCCCUUCGUCCUUGUCCUCUUCAACCUCAGUCUGUCACCAGCCAACAUGCCCAGUGCCAAUGCCAGUUGCUCACAUGUGGUCCUCCUCUUUUCAAGCUUCGCUGUGAUAUUGCCGAACACCCACCAAUUGUCUCAUCAAAUCAAAGCAUUUUUGUUUUUGUUUUGAGUUGGUUGCUAUAAACCAGUAUCAAAAGGAGCACUGCAAGUGACAUGACUGAGGACCGCUGAGGUUAGGACAUCUUUCCCCGAGUUUGAAAGAAGACUGGAGCAUGCAGCGCUUCAUCUCUUCUGAAGAAGAGACGUCAAACAGCAACUUGAGAUGUUGAGGCAAACAUUCAGACAUUUUGCUGUUGCUUUGAACCAAUUUCGGAUCAAUUCUGAUGAUGCGUCCCUCUUUAUUCAUGUACAGGAUCUGCUUUGACUCGCCAUGUGAGGCUAACACUCACGAAGGUCAAACACUUCUCACCGUAAUCAUGCCAAUUGGUAUUUUGUUUUCAUGCCUUUUUUGUAUUGAUUGUUUCGAUGAGAUUUGAAUUUGUGAAGCCAAACAAUGCAGUUCAAAGUCAACAUAGACAGCAGUGCAGAUGAGGGUUACUGUAUUAUAUAUCUUCUGUAUUUCAUAUUUGAUCACUGGAGUGCAAGCCAAAAUUGUGUGUUGAGACGUGUUUCCACAUAGUUUGCUGCCUUCGAGUCCCAUCAAUCAUCACAACAUAGCAACAACAGGCAUCCCGCUCUGAACACAUCUGCCAGUGUUGCUUUAUAGGAAUUUGAUAUGGUCAUUUUUCUGUAGAUUUAUGAUACAAUUGCAAAAGAUACAAAAGAUUGUCUCCUAUUUUCAAUAGCAAGAAAAGCUAAAAGCAAGUUAAAACCCCAAAUAUGUAACAUUUACUCAAUGAUGAGGAAAAAAAAUGGUUGUAAUUAUAAUCUUGUAUAGUAAUGAUUCGCCUCAACCAGGAACUUUUUCAAACAGUUGACAUCCUAUUGAAGAGCAACAAUUACUGAACAACAGCCAGCAACUUAUGGAAAGCUGUUUCAGCAUUCCCUAAGAGUCAUGUACUCAUGCUUGUUGUCUUCUCUCUUAAAACAAUUCUGUGCAAUAGAAGGGGAUUAAAUAAAAUUCUACUAGCUAUCAGCUAGUUCUUGAGGAGUACUCGAUGUCAAGUUGUGCAGACUUUUGCCUGAUUAGUAAAACACGGUUGUCUUCGUGAAGACCGUUAUCGGAAUGGAUAUCUAAUAACGGCUUUAUGGCCGAACGACAGUUCGUAUCUCAAAAUAUUCAAUUCAGAGCCCUCGAAUUUCAAGGUACCAUAAUGGAUAAUGCUCGAGGCUUGUCAUAAUUGCUGUAUGAGCAUUUGCAGGACACUUGGUUUUAUUAUUCAGUGCAGUACUAAGUAAAUGCUCUGUCAGCUUUAUCAGAAAGGGCUAGUGUCUGGCUCAAAAAAAAAGAAAACAAAAAAUCAACAAAGCUGGAAAUUAGCUGCUCGCGCUCAUCUCAGUUUUGAAGGUCAUUAUGAUGUCCUGUUAUUUUCCAUGAAUCACAAGUUUUAAGGAUAAAUACUAAUACAAAAAAAUACUGGAUGCAAAUGUAUGUUGAUCACUUCAAGUAAUGGGGCAGUUAUUGUGAGAUUUCGUUUUGCUGUACAGAUAAAUCAAUUUAAUAAAAAUGUCUGCACAUUUU